CACCAUCACUCUAAACCAAACAAACACACUCACUUACUCCCUCACUCCCCCGGCCUCUAGCAUUCAUGUAAUCACACUCUCUGCAACUACAAAACUAACUCAAAGUAUAUGGAUUUUGGGGCGUUAAACGGGUUGAUGUCUUCAGAAAACAACAAAAGUAAUGUCAUCUCUUGGGGAGAUUCGGACCAUAAGACCAAAUGGGUCGGAUCCGGAGGUGGGUUUUGUAACCAAACAUCCUCUGUUUCCGCCAUUGCUCAAGAUGAUAUCUCCAAGACAAUGCUGUUUCAACAUCACAGAUCUUCUAAUGCCGCUCAGCAUAUGCUUAGCUUUUCUUUACCAAACUCACAAAUUGCAGGUUAUGGUGUUGCAGGGCAGUUUACACCAUCACAGUGGAUGGAGUUAGAACACCAAGCUUUGAUCUACAAAUACAUAACUGCUAAUGCAACUGUUCCCUCAAAUCUCCUUAUCCCCAUCAGAAAAGCCCUCGAAACCGCUGCGUUUUCGCGAGGAAAUUUUAGACAAAAUACUUUUGGAUGGGGUGCAUUGCACGUGGGGUUCGGAAACGGGUCGGAUCCGGAGCCGGGGAGGUGCCGGAGGACGGACGGGAAGAAAUGGCGGUGUGCCAAGAACGCGGUUGGUGACCAAAAGUACUGCGAGCGCCACAUCAACAGAGGCCGACACCGUUCAAGAAAGCAUGUGGAAGCUCAAAACUGCCAUUCUCUCCCACCCACCACCACCGUUGCGGCCGCCAAGCUAACCACCGGCUCCGCCGCCCUCGGCCACGGCAUACCGGGUUCCAAAGGGGCUUCUCAAGAUAACAGAAAGGCAAAUAUGGAAGCCAAUGUAGUUUCGAUGUUAUCUUCAUCACCCAUUCCGCUAAAAAAGAGUCAAUUUUCCAAUCCAGAAGAACAAUCAACCAAUACCGAAUUUGGGGUUGUUUGUUCCGACUCCUUGAUAAAUCCGGUGCAUAAAAGUGAUGCAAAAUCCGAACAUCUCCUACACCAAUUCAUGGAAGAUUGGCCUCACUCUAGCCAAACCACACUCUCAACCACUAGCGAAAGGCUCGACCUUUCUCCCGUUAGAAUGGGGUUAGGGGUGGGUAAACAGGAACACCGGGUGCCGGGUGGGCCCCUAGGCGAAGUGUUGCGACACGGUACAAGCAACAGCCCCAUGGGUGUGACCUUGAAGAAUGGAUAAAUGAUGUAACAAAGUAUGAAGAUCCCAUUAGGGUGUUUGUUAUAAACAAAAAGCUAAUAGUAAAAAAUGUUUGUAGUUUCAUAUUUUUGUGUAAGUUUAUGAGAUUUUAUUGUUUUUGGUUGAAAAAUGUUCCAUGUGAGAAUGAGGUAAGCAUGAAUUAUGAAUGCAAUAUUUGGUUGGUGGGAA